AUGUGCUUAUUGGAAACAUUUCAGGUGAAAGCUGACUGUUCGUCAAUCCUCGAAGAGUUUGGUAUCUCAUGGCCGGAGCCGCUGGAUUGCAGCCGCUUUCCACAAGAGCCCGACCUCUGCAUGAAUCCGGAUGAGGACCGACACAGCUAUGAAAAGACACCUGUACAUCGUCAUCGUCUCCGACCAUCGUCACUUUCCUGUCCACACGAUUUGCUGGACAUCGACCCAUUAGACAACGAAGGAGUCUGUGCCUACAAAUGUGGAGCCGAUGUUAUGUUCAGCAGCGAGGAAAAAGUCGCGGCUCGAACUUGGAUGAUUAUGUGGGGCGGUUUCGAUUUCUGCGUCAGUCUGUUCACCUUCUUGACGUUUCUCAUUGAACGAAAUCGGUUUCGAUUCCCUGAACGGUACGUGACUUAA